UGUGUGUUGCGACAGUUUGGAAUGGAAACGAAUGUUGACAUCAUUGAAAUGAAGUGUGACCGCGAACUCCUGCCUCUAUCCCACUCACCUCUAGUGUUGUUUAACAACGGGUAAAACCGUGUUCUUAGGCUGGUCGUGAGGUACGUUUUGCGAUUUUUGACGCAUUUAUGAAUAGCUAGCAUACACACAUUGGUAGAGUUCGGACUAAUUUGGACUGUAUAGCCUACUUUUGUGGUUCAAGUACGUUUUCAGUUCAAUUCUUCCAAUGCUUUUGUUUUUGUUGACGGGAACUGAAUACCCCCCCCCCCCCCUUAAUGUGCUGCUACAUCCUUGACAAACCUAAACAACAGGACCUUCUUAAACGUGGACACGGAUUAUUUGACCGGAUUUUGGAUAUUAUUUGAAUUCAUAAAGACGUGGGUCAUAUUUAUUGUGUUACGCUGCAAUCUAUUGCCUCUUAAAAUACUGGCAGGAUAAUUCACAAAUCCGCCUGGUGUUUUAUUCUGAAAUUCCCGAGCGGAAAGCGUGCCUGGUUCUCUUAUGAUUGACGUUGUCAGGAAGUGGGAUGUGGCCAGAUUGUAUGUGUGCUGCUGUUCGAGAUAUGAAAAUCAUUGAAUCAGCGCGCUUCGGGACCUCUGCUUCGUCGCAGGUGACCGCGGGGAUUAGGACAGUGUUGCCGAGCGUCACUCAAGUUGCCGUGGGUGGUCGAAGGCAGCAAACAGAGCCGCUUGGCUGCCUACGUCUGGACUGGGCCACUUUCCUAAAGGUCUCACCACCGCACGCCCAAACAAUGUAUCGCACAUAUACCCAAGGCGAUUCUUACGUAAAAAGUAUGUGAAUCCAUACAGUGACGUUCUUUUACUUGAUGUAGGACCGAGAUUAGUGGGCUGUGUUGUUUGUUACUAAUGUCAGCAAGUCAUCAUCGCCGAAUGAUGAUGAAAUCCACGUUAGCGCUCGGCAGACUGGAGCUGACUUCCAGCACAGUCCCUGUCGGGGUCAACAUCAGCCCGUGCAUCUCCCCCGGACUCUCCGCCAAGGAGAAGAGCGGCCAGCGGCCAAAGGAACCACAAGGCCCCGCUCACCUGGAUGGAUGCGUGCCUCUGUCUCAUCAGGUGGCGGGUCACAAGUAUGGAGUCGAUAAAGUGGGAAUUCUGCAGCAUCCAGAUGGAACAGUCUUGAAGCAACUUCAGCCUCCACCCAGAGGACCAAGAGAGAUGCAGUUUUACAGCAUGGUAUAUGCAGAGGACUGCUGUGACCCAUUUCUUCUUCAGCUCCAGAACCAUCUACCAAAAUAUUACGGCACCUGGUCCUCUCCUGAUGCACCUAAUGACCUGUACAUGAAGCUAGAGGAUGUGACUCAACACUUCGUCAAGCCGUGCAUCAUGGAUGUGAAGCUCGGACAGCGAAGCUACGAUCCUUUCGCCUCACAGGAGAAAAGGGAGCAGCAGAUCAGGAAGUACCCACUAAUGGAGGAGAUAGGCUUUCUUGUCCUUGGCAUGAGAGUUUACAAGCUUUGCGAUGACACGUUUGACACGUUCGACCAGCAUUAUGGAAGGGGACUUCUGAAGGACACCAUUAAAGAUGGCUUGGCUAAAUUCUUCCACAACGGCGUUUGUCUAAGGAAGGAUGCCGUGGCAGCCAGCAUCCGCAGAGUGAAAACUAUCCUCGGCUGGUUUGAGUCUCAGCGUCAGUUGGCCUUCUACGCCAGCUCUCUUCUCUUCGUCUACGAGGGUCUCCCCUCGUCUUUCACCUCAAGCGCCUUUUCCUCCCUCUUCAGCACACCCACAAUCAGCCCAAUUGCGGGCAGCAGGUGUUGGUAUGGGGAGGAAGAAGGAAGGCUGGAAAUAGGAGGCAAGAAAGAAGACAUGGCAGAGUACAACAACAACAACUUUCAGGUUGCAGUGCCCUGUGAUUGCAGCCUAGACUCUGUUUACACCAAUCAUAGGAAAGGUGGCCUCCAUAUUUGUGCUAAGAGCAAAAUUCAUGGCAACAGUGGAGAUGCUUGCACUUUGGGGACAACAACAUGCCAACCCAUUUCUGGAGAGAAACUGCCAGAGGGCCGUGAGCAAGACAACUCUACGUGGUUGUCCCAACAACCACCAAACGGAAAUGGAAACAAAUCCCAACUGGAAGGGAAGGCAGAGGACAAAGAGAGGGAGAAGAGCAGCAGGAGAGAGGAGGACAUAGUGCGAGGACAAGGAGGAGAUGACGCGGCAGAAUUGAGCAGAAGGGAUGCGGACGUGGAAGUCAAGAUGAUCGACUUUGCCCACGUUUUCCCUAGCGAGAGCCACGAUCACGGCUACAUUUACGGCCUCAAGCGUCUGCUGACUGUGUUGGAGCAGAUCCUCUGCGAUGAUGUUUAAGCUCCUCCUCUUUUUACCUCCUGAAAAUGAACCACUGUCUCCUCCUACCUGUCCAUUCUCAAAUCUUGGAACGGCCAUCAUCAUCUCACCUGUGGUAGCUCUCGUGUGUGUGCGUGUUUGUGAAAGUCAGAGGCUGACAGCAGCUCGACGUGCUAACCAUUCCGAUCGAGGUAUCUUUCAUGACGCUCACGAUGAACCAACUCCAAAAUGUGACCUAACCUUUCCUGUAGUCCUUUUAAAUUACACUGGAUUUGACAAAUCUAUUUUUAUAUUAUGGCCACUAAAAAAUGUUGUUUCUCAGAACAUCUCAAAUCUUAAGUGAGCCACAGAUGUUUAUAUCAUAGUAACUAUUUGAUAAUGUUUUUAGGAGGUGGUUUUUGUAAGGAUGCUGAGAGACAUUAGCUCUAUGCAUGAAAAAGGUGUAUUUUCUCGUAUUCUUUUUGAAACCACAGAAAAUAGGCCAAAGCUCAAUUUUAGAAGAAAAAAAAUCAGACAUGUGAUCUAUUAAAAUAUUCCAUGUUACGUUCGAAUUGGUAAACCUGAUUGUGUUUGCACAACAUGUUGAUAUCAGACAUCGAUGCAACAAGCAACCACUGUUCCAUUCUAACAUGUUAAUCGUAAACCAAUCAGCAGACAGCAGCGUGUGCAACUCCACCCCACGCAACAAAUGUUUACACUUUGACCUUAAUUGUCCUGUUUAGCUUAGUGUCUUUGCAAUUGCUCUGCCACACGCGAUACUGAGAGCAGAUCAGACAAGUAAAUACACAACUAUUUAGAGACGGAAACUACGUAAUGUCAGGUACUAUAUAUUUGUGUGGAUACAUUUUUAAUUUGUGGAAACAAUUUAGAAAAAUACAAACAAUCUGACCAACAGCAAUUAUAAUACAACUUAUCAAAGCACUUACUCUAGCGUUCUUGGUAUGAUACUACCUGGCAUUAUCACAACUGUCCUGUCGCUUUGGUGGUCAUAUGCCCUGUAGCUCCCUGCCUAUAGAAGACAUUUUCCUAAUAUUUAGGGACUGCUUUGAUAUCCUGUGAUGUAUUUUUUUCAACAUGAACACAGUAUUAGUGACAGUGUCUCUCAGCAUUCACAUACAAUGUCAGUCUUUUAGCAAUUCAUUAAAUUCUGCUCUGUGCAGCAUUAAAAUUCUGCAUAAUUGGCCCGAGUCAAAGUCUUACUAACGUGUUCAGGGCGUUCAAUUCUAUCAUGCGAUCGCCACCAGAAAACGGUUGUUCAUUGUGUUUAGUCACUGCAACAAUAGCACAAUCUGUAAAAAAUUAGAACUACGCUAUUGCAACUGGAUUUUCUUCAUUUAGGUUUACAGUGCAUUUUCAACUGGAAUUUGAAACUCAUCAACAAUGUCAAAUUCAAGCGCGGUUUCCUAAAGCUUAAACCGACCCACUUUACUGCCUUGUCAGCCAGGUUAUCUGUACACUUUUACCUUGUGUUGUCACUUUUGUGUUUUUGUGGAAUCCAGUGUCAACAGGGAUUUGACUCAGGUAAUUCAUGAAAAAAAAUCACUCCAGGAUGCAUUGUUAAUAUUACAGGUUGUAAUGGCAUUAUAUAUGUAUGCAAGUAUGUAUGUAUGUAUGUAUGUAUGUAUGUGGAGUUAUAUGUAUGCAUGAUUGUGUAUAUAAAAAUGUAUGUAUACAUACAUACAUACAUACAAACACAUAUAUGUAUGAAUGUGUAUAUGUAUAUGUAUAUAUACUGUGUAUAUAUAUAUAUGUAUAUAUAUAUAUACACACACACAGUAUGUAUAUAUACACACACACAGUAUGUAUAUAUAUACACACACACGUUUGUGUAUAUGUAAUACAUACAUAUACAUAAGUGUGUGUAUAUAUGUACAGUAUACAGUUUUUUCCGUAUCAUAGGGCGCACCGGACUAUACGGCGCACGGCCGAUGAGCGGGUCUAAUCAGGUCUAUAUUCAUACAAAAUGCGCAUUAAGGGGUCAUAUUAUGAUUUUUUUCUUAAUUUAAAAUGGUCUACAUAACAUGUAAUGGUGGUUGUUUGGUAAAAAAUGUUGAAUAGAUUGUUUUACAAACCACCUUCAAGUCGCUUUCUAAAAGUCGCUUCAGAAUGCAGUGUUUUGUGGGCGGUCUAAUUUACGUGGCUCCACUUCGACAGCGUCUUCUCCCCGUCAUCUUUGGUGUAGCGUGCGAGGACGGGAGUGGAAGAAGUGUCAAAAAAUGGAGCUAACUGUUUUAAUGACAUUCAAACUUACUUAAAUCUAUAAAGGAGCAGCAUCUGCUCAUCCGUGGCUAACAAUUGCAACAACAACAUGGGAAAUGUGUCCCAUGAAAAACCGGGGACUCUAAUAACUAAAGUUCCGUGGAUGAAUUAUGUAAACCCACUAAACCGGUAGUUUUUAGCGCUUCCAUAGCGAGUCUACUGACAGAUACAAGUUAGAACUUUACUCUACUUUGUAUUAGAAAUGGCAACAGCGAAGGAUGAAUGUCCGGUAACAAGAAGAUCGAGAAAAAGGAGCUUAUUGACUACGACAUCGGCACGCAAAUUUUCAGGACUUAUGUAGAUCCCUGCAUAGCUUGCCGAAGUCGUACGAAGACAUUUUGAUCGAUUUUUGAGCGCCGUGUGUAAUGUUCUAUAUUCUAAAUGCCGUCAUAUUGCAGUCCACACUUAUCUCUUAGGUGUGACUGCUAUCCACUGGUCACACUUAUUACACCAUGUACCAAAUAAAAUAGCUUUUAAGUCAGUAAGCACAACCAGAAUUAUUCCGUACAUUAAGCGCACGGUCGAUUUUUGAGAAAAUUAAAUGAUUUUAAGUGCACUUUAUAGUCCGAAAAAUACGGUGUGUGUAUAUAUGUGUGUAUAUGAGGGACAAGCAGUAGAAAAAUUGAUGUAUAUGUGUGUAUGUAUAUAUGCUGUAUAUAUAUAUAUAUAUGCGAGUAUGUUUUUUUACUUUGCUUUUAAAUAAUAUACCUGCCUGACUACUUGUGCUUUCGUUUGGUUCUGGUUUCUGAUAUUUGCGACCUUAUUUUUUUACACUAGAGGGUCAAAUAUCUGAGAGGCUGUGCUGCAAUUGAUAUGACAAAAAGAUUAAUGGUGUGCUCUUCUGCCAUUGUUGUCGUCGUUGUUGUCAUGGAUUGGAGAAUGAAUGACUGAACGGUUGAACAGGUGGAACAAUUCCGUUCUGGGGGAUAUAUUCUAAGACCACAACUUCUAAAGUCGAGUUUUAAGUCUGUGCUGAUGAAAGUGAGUCCUGCUUAGUUGGUGGAGAUAGACAGCAAAUGAAUGUCAUUGGGGGGUUUUUUUGGGAAGGGGGUGGGUCAAAUAAUUUUAAAGGAGACACACCGGUAUAGAAAAAAAUACUUGUAAUGUCAAAAUUUAGUGGAAUACUGUAUUGACCCAAAUAUAAGUCAACCCCUUUUUUUCCAAGACUUGUUUAUGGCCAUGUAAGAGAAAUUAAAGAUGGUUAAAUCAAAUGCUGUUUUCAAUAGCGGUGAAAUAGCGGGUAGAUUGCAAUAAAACACUUAACGAUGACGUGAGGCACUAAUACACUUCCACUCAUUCAUAAACCCUCCUGUCAGUCUCAUGGAAGUCAAGCAUGAUAACCUUUUCUUCCAGAUUGCGACAUCUCUGUACAUCACACUUCCAUGUCUUGAAGAUACUUGACUUUUGUUUGCUUCAUUGAUUAUCAUUGUCUUAAAAUUAGCAUAAGAACUCCUCUGUUUGGUAACUUUCCCACCUCUGAGAAACGUAUUCGAGUUUUUUUGGUAUGUGUGUGCCGGGAUGAAAAGCUCCAGCAACACCUGCUGCUGCUUUGCAUCCAGACAUUGAAUAUAAACCACAUUUUUCAGAAUUGUCAUUAUGGAGAAGAAGUGUUCCUUUAUCCCAGCCAAUAGGGAGCUUCAACAUUUGAAGGCUAACUCCUCGCUUGGAAAUAAGACAGCUAGGCCUCAAACAUGUCACAGGCAUUUUAAGACCCCAAGAAAGCGUGUUAAAUGUGUGAAAAAGAGACACGAAAUGUCUCCUUUAGUUCUAAACCAGGGGUGUCAAACAUAUGGCGCAAACAGGUUUUAUCCGGCCAGCGGGAUGAGUUUGCUAAGUAUAAAAAUGAGCCGGAAUAUUUUGAAUGAAAGAAACUGCUGUUCUAAAUGUGUCCACCAGAUGUCGCAAUAGCAAUUCUUUCUAUCUUUGUAAAUGAUGCUACAUAUGUAAAAACAAACCCAAAAAAACACAUGAUAUUAAUGCACCAGUCGAGGAAAAUGAGCAAACUACAUACAAACUAAUUAGAUUUUUGAUAUUUUUUUAUCUUGGUAGUUUGACAAUUAACACCAAUGAAUUUACUGUUGAACAUUAUCACAUCAUUUAUUCAGAAAAUAUAAAUAACGACAAAUAAAGAUAGAAUACUAUUAACCGCAACAUAUAAGUGUAAAAAACAAACAUGAUUUGUACAUUUUCAGAAUGUGCUUGUUCUAUUUUUAAACAAAGAAAGCAAUCUGAAGUCGUCUUUAUUUUUAAGUUAUCGUGCCGUGAUUUUACCAGCCUGGCCCAAUUGGGAGUAGAUUUUUCUCCAUGUGGCCCCCGAUCUAAAAUGUGUUUGACACCCCUGCUCUAAACGUAUAGUUAUUUGCCUCAUUUUAUUUCAUUUUGUUUUCCAAUUGUGUUCAAAUUUGUCAGAUGGAUUACAAUUGAGAAUUCUGUAUAUUUAUAGAGGUUUGUAGUUUGUUGUUAAUAUAAGCUGACGCUGCAGAAAUGAUGGCUAGAUGGAGGAAGCUGAGACUAAAGAUGCAGGAACCACUUGGAUAAUGUGAAAAUAAAACACCAGAACCUUAAGUAGAAUUCAGGUUCGUAACUUUGCUGGUCAAGGAAAAAAUAUUCUCCUAUUGGUCCGCUCAACUCUUAUAUAUUUAUCUAGUACUUUCAUUGCUGCUGGGCAUUAGUUUGAAUCCAACCUUCUGCAAGGUGUGUAUGUGCACGUGUGUGUGUGUGUGUGUGUGAGAGAUGUUUACUGCCCUACUUUGAACUGAUGUGCACAUGCAGGCCUUUUACACAAUAUGUAGCUUUUAAAUAUAUACAGUAUACAAUGAAAAUGAUAACCCCUUUGUAUUAAAGCUCAAUUGCAACUUAAAUGUGACAAAAAGAGACGGCUGGUAAUUACAAUCAACAUACUGUACAUUUGAAGAGUCUUUCAACGUUUACAUGAUUUAGCAAAGCUGUAUCUGGAACCGCUUCAUAAACUUGAUUGGGUUUUGUCUUUGUGUUCUUGAUAUUUUUCUUCAUUCAGUCUGGCAGCUUUAUCAGUCUUGCUGCUCGUCUGGCUGUGGCAAGCUAACAAAAGUCCAUAUCCUGCAUAUUUACGUGUUAAUAAUUGUUGUCACCGAUGCAAGCUUGUUGUGUAACGCCAUAACCAUGCUACCAUACUUUGACACACGCCUAACUUUAUGUACAAACCUUUUACAGCGGAAUAGUCUACUAUUUUUUAAAUGAUCCUUAUCAGUUAUAACGACAAAGCAGGGGUGAGACGUGUACAUUAUACAAAAGUUAUUACAAUUUAUUAUGAAAAAACACAAAAGAAAUAUAAGGUUCUUACUUCUUGUCUUUUGUUUAUUUUUGUUUGACAAACUUUAUUGAGCCCGAACACAUUGCAGUGCAGUCUCUAAAUUGAAAUGUUUUAUUUGAUUGCAUUUCAAGUUUUUGGGGGUCAAUUGAAGGAAGCUGUUCAAACUACUGUUUGAAAUCAAAUGUAAAAACAAUAAAACUCUCUCAUCCUUAACGUUGA